AUGGGGCAUCACUCUUGCUGCAACAAGCAGAAGGUCAAAAGAGGACUAUGGUCACCUGAAGAAGAUGAAAAACUCAUCAACUACAUCACAACUUAUGGACACGGUUGCUGGAGUUCAGUCCCAAAACUUGCAGGCCUGCAGAGGUGUGGAAAGAGUUGCAGGUUGAGAUGGAUAAAUUAUCUAAGACCUGAUUUGAAACGAGGAAGCUUUUCUCCUCAAGAAGCAGCACUCAUCAUAGAACUUCAUAGUAUUCUUGGCAACAGGUGGGCUCAGAUAGCCAAGCACCUACCUGGAAGAACUGAUAAUGAGGUGAAGAACUUUUGGAAUUCAAGCAUAAAGAAGAAGCUGCUUUCUCAUGAUGUUGUUCCUUCUUUAGCCACAUUUUCUGAUAUUCACGGUCCUGCAAAUGGUUCCAUGGAAAGUUUCUUCCCUUUUACUGACAACCCUAUCCUAAACUCCCAUCAUCACUUAGAUCAGCUAUACCUUCCCAUCAUCCCAACCCCAAUCCUACAAGCCUUUGAUCAUCUCAACAACGAUCUCAAGAUUGACAUAAAUAAUUAUGAUAAUAAUGCAAAUUUCCUACAUUUUCCGAAUCCAAUGCCAGAAACAGUGCCACCUUCCAAUAACAUCAUUCCAUCUUUGUAUGAAUUAGAUACAUGGUCGUCGUUCGGGUGUGUACCCAUUCAUCUUAAUCCAACUCAAGAAAAUCAAACAAUGAUCACCAAAAGUGAUACCACCCCACAUUUUAUUGUCGAGAAAUUCACAAAUCCAAGUACAUGGCAGCAGCACUCUGUGGAACCAACCAUCGAUACUGUGCCAAAAAUGUGUGAGAGCAUUGAGGAUUAUGUCUGUAGCAUCCCAUUUUCUUCUUCUGUCAAUUCACAAGAUCAACAUGAGGAUGCUGUUGCGUGUUACACACCUCGUGGUAUUUGUCCACAAGAUCAAAUUGCAGCACCCAAUCAAGUGGAGUUCAUUGAUGCCAUCAUCAUGUCAUCGUUGCCAUCCUCAACAACAUCGUCUUCAUCAGUAUCACUCUAUCAAGCAGACAAAUAG